UGAACGUGUUAUCAGUUCAUUCAGUGAAAGAGCUAAAAAAUGAACAAAUGCAUAAAACCGAAAAACCUAUUACUUUUUAUAUGUAAGGCUAAAUGGGUAAUUAUUGGGCAAUUGACCUUGUGAAGCCAGCCUUGUGGCGCGGGAUUACCAAAAUUUUCGAUUAUCAUCUGACAGGCUACACAGAAACAAUUCCAUUUCUACAAUCCGUUAUUUUGGUCAUUUUAUACUUUGGCAUGUCGAUGUCUAACGGAGAUUAUGUUCGGAUACCACUUUCUGGGAGUUUUGAAGAUCAAGUGGACCAAGAACUUCAAGGGACUUUAGAACAUAAUACUAACAUUGAAAGUCCAAAAACGGAAUCAAGCCUGGGUCCUUUCAGCUUUAAGUUCUACCAACAGUACUUCGAUGUUGAUACAAGUCAGGUUCUGCAUCGUCUUGCCUCUGCAUUCAUACCUAAUCCGCGUAUAAAUUUCAUUCAACAUUCUCUAAAACCUCGAGCUGAUCUCUAUGGUCCAUUUUGGAUUUCAACUACGUUGAUGUUAGCUGCUGCCAUCGGGGGGAAUAUAUCCAACUAUUUGCAGUCACGUCGUGAGGUAUCUUCAUGGCAUUAUGAUUUUCAAAAAGUUACGCUGACAUCAACUAUCAUUUAUGUGUAUUGGUGGCUAACACCAUUGAUGUUGCAUGCAGUUAUGCACAUUCAUCGUAAAAACAAGAAACCCCAGUCAAACGAUGCUGAAAGCGAUCUCACUGACCUAUUGGAACGUUCCGACACUGAUACAUCAUCAUUUCACAAUGCGAAAAAUGCAAAUAAAUUCUUCGAUGUUCUGUCGACCUAUGGUUAUUCAUUAGCAGUUUUCGUUCCUGUUGCAAUUUUAUGGACAAUUCAGAUUGAUAUACUACAAUGGUUAUUGUUCUUAGUUGGAAUAGGAAUUUCUGGGGCAUUCCUAGUAUUUGCUUUAAUGCCUAGUAUACGCAAAGAAUAUCCAAAGCUUGCAACACCAAUAAUGAUCAUUAUAAUUGUAGUACAUUUUGGUUUUUCAUUAGCUCUAAUGAUUGCCUUCUUUCAUGGAUCUCCACCUGUACUAGAUCCUCAUACUGGUUAUAUACAUCAACAAAAUGUUUUGGAAAAUAAUAAACAACUGUCAAAUAUCACUGUAUUAACUACUAAUAAGCCAGUAUAUCAUUAAUUCAUCUGUUAUUUUAGCUUGAGCACUGCUAUUUUAAGUAGGAAAUUUGUUAAACAACGGUAAUAUUAUUAUUACUACUAACACUACUAUUAACUGUUAUAAACCUUUGUACAGGUGCAGUUGAUUCCUUUCUUUCUGUUUGUUUAUUACUGCUUCUGUAUUGUACUAUCAUUUCCACAAUACAUAAAUGCAUGCAUAACACUGUGAUAUUCAUUGUGUUUCAUUUUUAUUUUAACUAUUUUCAAAAUAUACGGAUUACAUAGUAA